GUUCAUUCGUCAGUUCCUCCUGCUUUUGUUACCCUGCUACUAGGGUUACAGAGUCGCUGCUGCUUUUCUCCUUCCAAUCUCAACUCAAUCGGAAACUCACCUGCUGGCCCUUUUUUCUCGCUUCCUCCGGCAGCCGUCCCGUCCCGUCUCGUCUUAGCGCGAAAGAGCUACGCCACUUGGUUCUCGACUUGACGGAGGCAAUUACUAUUUAAUUUUAAUUAAUGGGUUCUUCGAAGAGGAAGUCGGCCGAAGGCCCAUUCGCCGACUCUUCUCCGCUGCUCCAACGGAGAAAAGACAAUGAUUCGGCUGCCUACUACGACCGCCUGGCCUGUCUACAUGAUGUCUCCUACCGGGAGCAGGGUUAUGCUCCAAAGACUCCCCCAUCACUUUACCCUUUUCAAUCUGAAGCUAUCAAGUGCCUUGACAAUGGUUUCAGCUCACUGCAGAAUAAGCAGCGGGUUAUAUGUACUUCACCAAUUAAAGCACUCAGCAACCAAAAGUUUAGGGAGUUUAAAGAAGAGUUUUCCGAUGUGGGUUUGAAGAGGGGGGAUGUAACAAUUGAGCCCAAUGCUUCGUGCUUGGUAACGACCACUGUGAUCUAGCGUGGUAUGCUUUACAGAGGAUCUGAGAUCAUACGAGAAGUUGCUUGGGUUAUUUUUGAUGAGGUGCACUACAUGCGUGAUAGAGAGAGAGGUGUCGUGUGGGAAGAGAGUAUUGUCAUGGCACCAAAAUUUUUGAGAAAAAUGAAAUCCUUCAUAGGAGGGAUGUCUUCGGAGGGGGUGGGGGGAAGAAUUCUAACCACCAAAGUUCUCUAUAUAAUUCAGGUUGCUCAAGGGUCUAUGGGUAUUUUUUGAAAUUUUUCUAUGUCAUCCCAGGAUGGUGGAUCGUUCUGGGUUGCAAUUGUAACUUAAAAAAGGGACCAUAGCACCGACUUAUGACAUAGGAUUCAAUUUUUUUGUUCAAACUUCAAAUAAUUUGGAUUUUCUGUAUUUAGGUUUACAUUACCAUACCUAUGACAUGAUAUUAUUUGAAUAUUUUAGAUUCAUUUCACCAUUUUUCUAUUUGUUGAUGUGUUUUAUUACGGAAUGAAGCUUGUUCAAUAUACAAAUUCGAAGCUUUUCGGGGUUAUAGAGAUGGUGGUUGCAGUGAGGCGAGCCGAUGCGAAGAGGACAGACUGAUGGAAAAAAAAAAAAAGGAAAAAAAGAAAAGGAGGACUGUAGUAGAAGGGUGAAGUAAAUAAGGGUAUUUUAGUCUUACUAUAGUUAAAAAAUCAUUAUUGAAAUAGUUACUAAAUUCAGUAAAGAUGACUAUUCAAUUAGGCUUUGAUACAUUAAUUAAUGCUUAUUAGGUUAGAAAAUCUCAUUAAAUUAAACAAUACAGUAUUACAGUACUAAUAUAAUUUUUGUAGUUGG